AUGCUGGCGAUCACAAAGAAAGCCUCCUUGGCCUCCCAUUCAGCAGUCAAGGCGGGACACCCCACCGUGUCGAGCGCAGAUCCACAAUCACCUCUCUCUAUAGCGUUCGAAAGAUUUUGUAGCACGUUCGGCCCCGCUGAAAAGGUCUCCUUCAACGACCUUACACUCAGCGAUGUUAUUGCAAGACUGCAGCAUCUGGAACGGCUACAAUAUUCCUCGAGCAAAGUCCGCCGGCUGAUUGCCAGACUUGAACCCUUCUUGUAUUUUGUCGACCGUCAUGCGAAGGCUCUGGACUCUAUGGUACAGGUCGAUCCUAACCCAUCGGCCCUGAUAUGGGGGUUUCUACGAGUAAUCUUGGAGGUGAGGCAUCAUGAUUGCUUGAAUUGCUUGCCACUGAUCAAACUCAAUACACAGUCUACCCUGUCAUUUUCACAAUACUUCAGAAAGCUGGUCGACAUGUUGGAAAGACUUGGUAGCUCCCUUGCUGUCUACCAAGAGUACGAGAAGUUAUUGAGUAGCGAGCAUCAAUUUCAGGAAACUCUUGCAGAAGUAUAUUUCGAGAUAAUGGUGUUCCUCAAGAAAGCGAAGGCGGAGCGUUUAGAGAGGCAGAAGAUAAUGAAGUGGCUCUCGCCACUCGACAUGGAAAACGUACUUCAAAGAGAACAUAACAAGCGUUGCACAAACUCUGGGCAGUGGCUUUACCGUCAACAUGCUUUUAUGGACUGGUUACAAUCUCAUCAGCAGGUUCUCUGGAUAACUGGACCUCCAGGCUCUGGGAAGACCGUUCUCAGCACCUCGGUCAUCGAAACUAUCAAGAGCCGAUUAUCGACCUGCAGCAAGCAGACACUUUCACUUGCAUUUUUCUUCUGCGACAAAACUGAUGAAAGCUCCCAAUCUGAAGCAAGGCUUCUAGGGACGCUCAUCGCUCAAAUUGUGGCGCAAAUGGGGGAAAUGCCGGAUAAUGUGCGCACUUCGUACGAAGUCGCCAGACGUUAUGGUCGAUCCAUGGUUUCGUCGUCAGAUUGCCCACUGAAACUUUUGGCAGACCUGCUCCAGUCCUUAGGCAGUGUUUUCAUCAUCAUUGAUGGCAUUGAUGAGUUCAAAGAACCUGCGGCCAUUGGACGAGUUGUAAGGCGACUAACGAUCACAACAGAACAAGUCCACACACUUUGUCUUAGUAGAGAAAGUGUAAUUUUGAACGAGCGGCUUUCAGACGCCCGUAGAAUACACUUGUCGCCCGCUUUAAUUGGUGAGGACAUCAGACAUUAUCUCCGGGAAGAGCUUGUGAAGAUUCCGCUACCAGACACUGACAUACGCGAAAGGUUGUUUGAACGCCUUUCCCACGAUGCAAACAGUAUGUUUCUUUGGGUACGUCUGAUGUUGAAAAUGUUGAGAUCUGCUGCUUCGCCAUAUGAGAUUGAGUGUAUGCUCUCCGAGCUACCAGAAGGACUCGAUGCAUCAUAUUGUGCGAUCGUAAGGGGUUUUCUUCAGGGACCUCCACGGAGGAGACUGCUCGCAAAGCGGGCACUACAGUGGAUCUCUUGUUCCGCACGACCUUUACAUUGGAACGAGUUGCAGUCCGCAUUGGCAUUUGAGUCAGGCCCUGCAGGAUUUGUUGAAAAUAGGAAGCCUUUCAAGUUUGCGUUGAUAGAGUUGAGCGGGUCUUUGUUUGAGUUUUUGCCUGAAGAUGAUCUCUUUCGUCUUACUCAUCUGUCCGUGCAAGAUUUUCUCUUCGGCGUUCAAAAUCACACCGAGGACGAAGAAAUACGGCAAUUCUGUCCAAGAAAGGAUUCUGCCCAUUACGAAAUUGCUAUGGCAUGCCUUGCCUGUCAGAGGCAGUGCGGUACACAAGGUUCGCUAAGAAAUGAUGCAAUGACCUUCCCCUUAUCAGAGUACUCGUCACGCUUCUGGUGCCAUCAUGUUUGCAAUACCUCCUACCACGCGGAACUACAAUCCAACGUGGACCGAUUCUUGUCGCUUUCCAUUCAACGUCAGGCCUGGAUCAUGAGAUUCCUGUUCUACGAACCCUCAAAAUUUCCGCUACAGAGGCUUAUGAAAUGCGAAAAAUCUCUCAACGAAUGGACAAGGAAUGGAGCCGAUCUUGAGGCCCAGAAAGGCUCGCUUGCUUGGAUCCAAGACGUGCCUCUUAUUCUGCUAAGUAGCGAGAGCUCGGAAGAUGGGAGUCAACACGACAACCACUCAAAAGGUGGCUUUUUUGACCACUUGGUUAUGAAAAGAAUAACCUAUUUUGAAAAGCUAAUGGUGAUUCGCGACUUAUCUCGCGAAUAUACGAUGAUUGGUUCCUCAAGCUCCGGCGAGAAAUGGUUAACAGAUUCGCUGGCGAUAGCGCGUGCCUCAUGUGGAGCGACCCACCCUUCUACUGCAUGGCUUUUAAAUGGUCUUGGUAUUAUAUACGAUCAGCAACAGAAGUAUGCCCUGGCUGCCCGUACACAAGAGUCAGCACUCGCAAUCCAGACCUCAGCACUAGGUUCCGAUCAUCUAGAGGCUACAUGGACCGUGAACGAGCUUGGCCGAAUCUACAGACAUCUUGGAGACUACGAGAGGUCGGAGUCAAUGCACUUGCGCGCACUUACAAUCCUCCGUCAAGUGCUCAAGCCUAACGAUCUACAGAUUGUAUGGACACUGAAUACCCUUGCUCGCACUUAUCGCAAAGAAGGCCGAUAUGACGAGGCACUACCACUAUUCAACGAAGCACUCGCAUGUCGGAAAGACCUUCUAGGUGAGCUGCAUCCUCACAGUCUUUGGACUUUGAUGGACAAAGCCGCCUGUCUUUUUGCACAAGGCUGCCAUGAGCAAGCUGCAGCUCUCUACAAGAAGGCCCUGGAAGGGCGGCAGGUUGCUCUAGGCGCAAAACAUGCCGACACACUGUGGGCAAUGAAUGCUUAUGGCCUUGCCCUGGCAGGUCUCAAACAGGAUAAAGCCGCGCUAUCAAUCCAACAACAAGCUCUCGAUGGCCAAAUGGCAACCCUGGGUCCAGCUCAUGAGCAUACCUUGUGGACUCAGAAGAUUGUGUAUGAAAUGAAUGGCAUGUAA